UCAAGGAAUCUGACUUGUCAAGUAAGAAACUUGAUAAAUAAGGAAUUAAUUUGUAUGUAAAAGAGCAUAAAAUUACUAAUUUGCUUUAAGAAAUUUUUAUUCAUUAAUGAUUUUCUAUGCAAGAGUGAACUAACAGAAAGUGGAAUUUACUAAAAACUUUGUUCAACAUAUUAGCAAAUAAUGCCAGUUGUACUUGAACUGAUUAGUAUCUGAUUUAUAUGUUGCUAUUCUCCAUUUAUUUUAGGUGUGGAAAUUAAAACAACACAAAUAUUUUGACUGGGACUUUGAUCAAGCAAGUGCUAAAAAGCCACAUAAAGAAAAUCACCAACAGUCAUUUCUCAGCAAUUAUAUAGUCAACUGAUGUAACAAUGGUACUAAUAUUGGGACGCAGACUAAACAGAGAGGAUCUCGGGGUGCGUGAUUCCCCAGCAACUAAGCGUAAAGUUUUUGAAAUGGACCCUAAAUCUCUGACAGGUCAUGAGUUUUUUGACUUCUCUUCAGGAUCAUCCCAUGCUGAAAACAUACUCCAGAUAUUUAAUGAAUUCCGAGAUAGCCGCUUAUUCACAGAUGUGAUCAUUUGUGUGGAAGGAAAAGAAUUUCCUUGCCAUAGAGCUGUUCUCUCAGCCUGUAGUAGCUACUUUAGAGCUAUGUUUUGUAAUGACCACAGGGAGAGUCGAGAAAUGUUGGUUGAGAUCAAUGGUAUUUUAGCUGAAGCUAUGGAAUGUUUUUUGCAGUAUGUUUAUACUGGAAAGGUGAAGAUCACUACAGAGAAUGUACAAUAUCUCUUUGAAACAUCAAGCCUCUUUCAGAUUAGUGUUCUCCGUGAUGCAUGUGCCAAGUUCUUGGAGGAACAACUUGAUCCUUGUAAUUGCUUAGGAAUCCAGCGCUUUGCUGACACCCAUUCACUUAAAACACUCUUCACAAAAUGCAAAAAUUUUGCAUUACAGACUUUUGAGGAUGUGUCCCAGCAUGAAGAAUUUCUGGAGCUUGACAAAGAUGAACUUAUUGAUUAUAUUUGUAGCGAUGAACUUGUCAUUGGUAAAGAGGAAAUGGUUUUUGAAGCCGUCAUGCGUUGGGUCUAUCGUGCUGUUGAUCUGAGAAGACCAUUGUUACAUGAGCUCCUGACACAUGUAAGACUUCCUCUGUUGCAUCCCAACUACUUUGUUCAAACAGUUGAGGUGGACCAAUUGAUUCAGAAUUCUCCUGAGUGUUAUCAGUUGUUGCAUGAAGCAAGACGGUACCACAUACUUGGGAAUGAAAUGAUGUCCCCAAGAACCAGGCCACGCAGGUCCACUGGGUAUUCUGAAGUGAUAGUUGUUGUUGGAGGCUGUGAACGAGUUGGAGGAUUUAAUCUUCCAUACACAGAGUGUUAUGAUCCUGUAACAGGAGAAUGGAAGUCUUUGGCUAAGCUUCCAGAAUUUACCAAAUCAGAGUAUGCGGUCUGUGCUCUAAGGAAUGACAUUCUUGUAUCAGGUGGAAGAAUCAACAGCCGUGAUGUCUGGAUUUAUAACUCACAGUUAAAUAUUUGGAUCAGAGUUGCCUCUCUAAAUAAAGGCAGAUGGCGUCACAAAAUGGCUGUCCUCCUUGGUAAAGUAUAUGUUGUUGGAGGCUAUGAUGGGCAAAACAGACUUAGCAGCGUAGAAUGUUAUGAUUCCUUUUCAAAUCGAUGGACUGAAGUUGCUCCCCUUAAGGAAGCAGUGAGUUCUCCUGCAGUGACUAGCUGUGUAGGCAAAUUGUUUGUGAUCGGUGGAGGACCUGAUGACAAUACUUGUUCCGAUAAGGUUCAAUCUUAUGAUCCAGAAACCAAUUCUUGGCUACUUCGUGCAGCUAUACCAAUUGCCAAGAGGUGUAUAACAGCUGUAUCCUUAAACAACCUGAUAUACGUUGCUGGUGGACUCACCAAGGCAAUAUACUGUUAUGAUCCAGUUGAAGAUUACUGGAUGCAUGUACAGAAUACAUUCAGCCGACAGGAAAACUGUGGUAUGUCUGUGUGUAAUGGUAAAAUAUAUAUCCUGGGUGGAAGACGAGAGAAUGGAGAAGCCACAGACACUAUUCUUUGUUAUGAUCCUGCGACAAGUAUCAUCACAGGGGUAGCUGCAAUGCCCAGGCCAGUGUCCUAUCAUGGCUGUGUGACUAUUCAUAGAUACAAUGAGAAAUGCUUUAAGCUCUAAAGCUGGGAUACCUCACCCAAGAAGCCACAUCAAUCCAAGAUGAGAGGUUUUAAAAACUCUGGAGUGGGAACUUGACAUAUCUCCUUUGUGCCAUGAAAAAAAUAGUAUAAAUAAUAAUUGUGGUGCCUUUCUCCCCAAAAUAUCAAUCCUUCAAAUUGUAAUAAAGACUUUACUGUAAUUGAAAACAAUUUUUUUUUUGUUAAAGGUAAUGGUGGUUGUUGCUAGGCCUUUGAGAGUGUACCUUUAUAACUUUAUAAGUAUUUAUAUGAAGCCUAUGUGGAAUAGGAAAUAAUGCCUUUCUGUAUACCUUUAAGAAUUUGUGAAUGGUCUCUUCAUUUAUGUAUGUUUAUCUACAAGACUGUAUAUUUCUUAUUUCAUCAUAUAAUAGAAAAUUGCAUGACUUGAGGCUUCAUUUAGUUUGAAUCAUCUAGUGCUUAGAAUGUUUAGAAUGAAUUCUAAGGGAAACACUCAGUUUUUAAAAUCUUUGUCACUGACAAAGUGUAUCCAAACUGACUAACUUUAUUGAAAGGCUUUUUUCCUAUAAUUGAUAAAAAUGUAAUGACAGCAAUAUGAGUACCAUAAAAUACUGAAUUAUAGUGACUUCUUUCUCAGAAUUGCUAUCUUAUAUUAAACACAUUUUGGGGAGCAGGUUAGGUAGGAGAUACAAAAGUAAAUACUCCUAAAAGGGGGAUUAAAAUUACAGGUUAAUUACUAAGAAAAAACUAAAUAACCAUUGAAGGAAAAAUGACCCACUGUGGCUCUCAAAGUAUUUAUGCAUCAUCUCUAAAUCCUGUAUGGAAACUCCUUUUCUUGAACUUGACACAGGGAGUUGGAAUCCAUUUUACAUAUUGUUUUGUGAAAAACAGAAGACAGGUUUUCUCCCCAGCCCAGUAAAGUUUGACCUCAUUAGUAUGGUGCUUUGGGUGAGGAUCUCUUCCCUGGUUAUUCUGCUUCCUUGUGAACAGCUAAAAAUCCUGAGAGUCUCAACCGUAAAGGUGCCUUUAAUAGGGUAAAGCAGGGACCACCUAUGUCAGUGGGUCCAUUUUUCUUUUGAAAUUAGCUGUCUGAAAAAACUAACAGCAAUAGUUCCAGUCUCUUAAGAUAUAAAUCUUUCAUUUGGUACCUAUUGUGUAAAAUAUUGAUCAACAUCUUCAAACUUCUAAAUGCAGCAGACUGCUUUUGUCUAGAUUUUUCAAGUCCAGUUUAUAAAUCUUACCAGUUUUCAGAGAAGAAUGUAAAAAUUAUUUUCUAAGGCAAAUAAAUGGAUAAGUCAGGAACUACAGCAUAAGUGAUUAUAAUUCCUGGAUAGACAGAUACAAUUUACCACAUUUUAGGGAUGUUCCAGGUAACCUGCUGUAUUUUGACUUCCCAGUCACUAUUGCUUCUCACAUUAUAAUUGUUUACUGUAUGUCAUAGGAGGGAUGAUACAAAUAUGUGAUUAUCAUGUCACCAGAUUUCUGUUAAAACCAAGGUGGUAAUCAAAAACCUGACAUUGGUAAACUACCUUUUUUUCUCAUCUUAGAAUGAUAGAGAGAUUUCAAAUAGACAUAUUUGAAACUUUAAUGCUUUUAAUGCUUACCUAGAACCUAAGUUCUGAGGAAAACUCUAAAAAAAACUUACAAACUUUUAGGGAAUUUUUAUUUUUCAAAUCAUAAUUUGAAACUGAUAUAUACCUUUUUGUGAUAACUAUCAGACCAAUUCAGAAAACAAUUUUCUAUUGUUCUAGUUGAAAGACAAUUGUAGGUACAAUGGGAUGCUUGUACUUUUAGAAUGAACAUCUACUUCUAUAUUAUCUGUUUUGUAGAUAAUAGAACCUGUUCAGAAAUUCUUUACAGUAAAUGAGAUAAUGUGUGAAAAAAGUGUUCUGUAAAUGCUGAGGACUAUACAAAUGAUAGUUGUUAUUUUCCUGUGUAUUUGUUAAGAUCAUGCCCAUCCAUAAAUACAGAGACUUUACAUAAAAAAGACUUUUUCAAGAUAA